GCCGGUUCGCCGCCUCCAGCUGUAGUUGCUGCUGCUUCGCCAUUCAGAGACAGGCAUCGAGUGGUGGGUUGUGUGACAGUGUCUGUCAAUAGUGAAGACAAAUAGUGCCAGAGACACUUAACCCAUCCAAUCUCACCCAGGGUAUAGGAUUUGCCUCUGAAGCAGGGAGUGUCUGCAUUAAAAAUGACCUGUAGUUCUCUGCUUCAUAGAUGCUUCUUCAGCUCCCUCCUCUUCCUCCAUGGGCGGUGCUUGCAGCUCCUUUACCACCUCUUCCAGCCCUACCAUUUACUCUACCUCAGUCACCGACAGCAAGGCUAUGCAAGUGGAGAGCUGCUCCGCGGCCGUGGGGGUAAGUACCCGAGGGGUAAGUGAGCAGCAGAUAACCAGUAACACAGCCCAGCAGCACCCGGCCACGCCGAAGCGCCACACUGUCCUCUACAUCUCGCCACCUCCCGAGGACUUGCUGGACAACAGCCGGAUGUCCUGCCAGGAUGAGGGCUGUGGAUUGGAGUCAGAACAGAGCUGCAGUAUGUGGAUGGAGGAUUCACCCUCCAACUUCAGUAACAUGAGUACCAGUUCCUACAAUGAUAACACUGAGGUGCCACGUAAAUCGCGCAAGCGCAACCCAAAGCAGAGGCCAGGGAUCAAACGCCGAGAUUGCGAAGAGUCCAACAUGGAUAUCUUUGAUGCCGACAGUGCCAAAGCGCCUCACUAUGUCCUUUCUCAGCUCAGCACGGACAGCAAAAGCAACUCAAAAGCAGGAAAUGGAGCAUCAGAGAACCAGAAGGGAGCUGGAGGGAAGAAGACCCCAAUGUUGUGUGGUCAGUACCCGACCAAGAGUGAGGGGAAGGAGCUGAAGAUCAUGGUGCAGCCGGAGACCCAGCACAGGGCUCGGUACCUGACCGAGGGCAGCCGGGGCUCCGUCAAGGACCGCACGCAGCAGGGCUUCCCCACUGUCAAGCUGGAAGGCCACAACGAGCCCGUGGUGCUGCAGGUGUUCGUGGGCAACGACUCGGGGCGCGUGAAGCCGCACGGCUUCUACCAGGCCUGCAGGGUGACGGGCAGGAACACCACGCCCUGCAAGGAGGUGGACAUCGAGGGCACCACCGUCAUCGAGGUGGGGCUGGACCCGAGCAACAACAUGACCCUGGCGGUUGAUUGUGUGGGAAUCCUGAAGCUGAGGAAUGCUGAUGUGGAAGCCAGGAUAGGAAUUGCCGGCUCCAAGAAGAAAAGCACCCGCGCUCGGCUCGUCUUCCGCGUCAACAUCACGCGCAAGGACGGCUCCACCCUGACCCUGCAGACGCCUUCCUCCCCAAUUCUGUGCACUCAGCCAGCAGGAGUCCCAGAGAUCCUAAAGAAAAGUCUCCACAGCUGUUCAGUGAAGGGUGAAGAGGAAGUUUUUCUGAUUGGCAAGAACUUCCUGAAGGGAACAAAAGUGAUUUUCCAAGAGAAUGUUUCCGAUGAGAAUUCUUGGAAGGCAGAAGCUGAAAUUGACAUGGAAUUAUUUCAUCAGAAUCACCUUAUUGUGAAGGUGCCACCAUAUCACGACCAGCAAAUCACCUCAGCUGUCUCUGUGGGAAUUUACGUGGUGACCAACGCUGGCAGGUCUCACGACGUGCAGCCCUUCACCUACACUCCAGAGCCAGCUGGGACUCUGAAUGUUAAUGUGAAGAAGGAAAUCUCCAGCCCAGCCCAACAUUGUUCUUUUGAAGAGGCUAUAAAAGCAGUGAAGGCCACAGGCUGUAACCUGGAGAAGGUGAACAUUCUUCCUAGUGCCUUGAUAACUCCACUCAUGCCAAGCAGUAUGAUCAAGAACGAAGAUGUGGCUCCAAUGGAAGCUUCAAAUGUGGUUGGACCAACUCAGCAAACAUUGGAAAACAGCAUGUCUGGCAUAUCAACUUCUGCUUCCCAUUUACCUUCCGAGAGUGAAAACCAGCAGCAAAUCCAGCCCAAGGUGUACAACCCCGAGCCCCUGAGCACCAUCCAAACACAGGACAUUUCCCAGCCCGGCAGCUUCUCUGCAGUGUCCACCCCGGGCCAGCUGCAGAACAGCGAUGCCCUGCUGCAGCAGGCUGCACAGUUCCAGCCCAGGGAUUCCCAGCCCCGGGAGGUGCUGCAGUCUGAUGGCACCGUGGUGACUCUGUCUCAGCUGGCUGAGGCCUCGCAGCAGCAGCAGCCCACGCUCUCGGAGCCGGCCCAGGCCCUGCAGCAGCAGAUUUCCUCCAGCAUCUUCUCGUCGGCCAGCGGCGUGAGCCAGCUCCAGAACACCAUCCAGCAGCUGCAGGCCGGCAACUUCCCCACCAACACGGCCACGGGCAGCAGCAGGAACGUUGACUUGGUGCAGCAGGUUCUGGAAGCUCAGCAGCAGCUAUCCUCCGUUCUGUUCUCGGGCUCAGACAGCAGCGAGGAUGUCCAGGAUCCGCUGAACGCAGAUAUCUUUCAGCAGGUCAGCCAGAUCCAGAGCGGCGUAAAUCCCGGGAUGUUUUCCUCCUCCGACACGGCUGUCCAUUCCAGAGCGGAGAACCUUUUGCCCGGGCGAGCUGAGAACGUUCACUCCCAGCCCGAGGGUGCCCUGUCCAACCAGCAGCAGCAGCAGCAGCAGCAGCAGGCCAUGGAGACGUCGGCCAUGGUGAUGGGGAUGCAGCAGAACAUGUGCCAGGCGGCCCCGCAGAUGCAGUCGGAUCUGUUCUCCGCCAGCACGGCGGGGAGCGGCGCCCUGCAGCAGUCCCCGGUGUACCAGCAGGCGUCUCACAUGAUGGGGGGGCUGUCCAGCAGCGAGGACAUGCAGAUGCAGUGUGAGCUGUUCUCCUCCUCCCCGGGGGUGAACGGCGGCGAGGCGGCCGCCCCCGCGCAGCAGCCGGUGUCCAGCAACGGCCCUGCAAUGUUCCAGCCCUCCAGCUCUGCAGAGGGAGAGGAGGCCUCGGGCCAGGGCAAACAGAUGCAGAGCUCGGUGUUUCAGACCAUGGUUCAGAUGCAGCACAGUGGGGAAAGUCAGUCCCAGGUUAAUCUCUUCUCGUCCACCAAGACCAUGAUGAGUGUCCAGGCCGGCGGGACUCAGCAGCAGGGCGGGGGUCUGUUCCAGCAGGGUGGAGAAAUGAUGUCCAUUCAGUCAGGAAGCUUCAUCCAACAGUCUCCACACUCACAGGCUCAGCUUUUCCACUCUCAGAACCCUAUUGGUGACACUCAGAAUAUAUCCCAGGAAACACAAGGAUCCCUUUUUCAUAGCUCAAAUUCCAUUGUCCACAACCAGACCAACACUAAUUCCUCUGACCAGCUGCAGCCCCCGAUGUUCCACUCACAGAAUGCCAUGGGUGUCUUGCAGAGCUCCUCGGUGCCUCAAGACCAGCAGUCUGCCAACAUGUUCCUUUCCCAGAGUUCCAUGAGCAACCCUGCCACUCAGGAAGAGCAGAUGUCAUUCUUUACAAGCCCAAAUCCCAUUUCUCCUCUUCAGACAGCAACAAACACUGAACAGCAGACUUCUUUCCAGCAGCAGACACAGAUCUCUCAUAUCCAGAGCUCCAUGCUUCCCCAGGAGCAGCCCCAGACUCAGCCUGCUCAGCAGGGUUUGUUUCAGUCCCAAGUGUCAUUGGGCUCCAUCCAGUCCAGCUCCAUCCCUCAGAACCAACAAGGAGCCAUCUUCCAGCCUCAGCAUUCGAUUGUUGCUAUCCAGAGCAGCCCUCCGUCUCAGGAGCAGCAACAGCAGCAGCAGCAGAACAUGAUGUUCAGCAAUCAAAAUGCAAUGAGUACCAUGGCCUCCCAAAAGCAGAACAUGAUUUUCAAUCCAAAUCAGAACCCGGUUACCAAUCAGGAGCAACAAGGCCAGUCCAUUUUUCAUCCCCAGUCCAACAUGGCCUCGAUGAAUCAGGAGCAGCAGCCCAUGCAAUUCCAGAGUCAGACCACAGUGUCUCCUCUCCAGAAUCCUGGCUCCAGCCAGGCCGAAGCACAGCAGCCAACCAUCUUCCAUAACUCACCCCAGAUUCAGCUGGUCCAAGGGUCCCCAAGUUCUCAAGACCAACAAGUCACCCUCUUCAUCUCCUCAGCUUCCAUGUCUGCCCUGUCUGUCCAGAACAGCAUGAGCCAGCCAGAGCUGCAGCAGUCCCCCAUGUACUCCUCCCAGAACAGCAUGGCAGGAAUGCCAGGAACUGCUUCUCCUCCCCAGCAGCAGCCUCCUCUGUUCCACAACACGGCAGGAGGUGCCAUCAACCAGCUGCAGAAUUCCCCUGCCUCGUCCCAGCAGACGUCAGGAAUAUUCCUGUUUGGCAUCCAGAACAACUGCGGGCAGCUGCUGCCCCCCGGCCCCGCGGCGCUGCCCGAGGAGCUGAUGGCCAUGGGGCAGCCCGGGCAGCCCCAGGGCGAGGCCCAGCCCGCCGUGCCCGCCCUCCUGCCCCAGCAGCUCCCCGAGACGCCCCCGCUGCCCCCCGCCAUGGCCACCAACCAGAACAUGGAGAAGAUCGACGACCUGCUCGUGUCCUUGCAGAACCAGGGGAACAACAUGGCUGGCUCCUUUUAAUCAGAAAUUCCGUGAAGAAAAAAAAGCAACGAUUCCCCAGAUCCUCUCAGACCUUCCAACUCUGGAUUAGGCUGCGUGGAACCAAUUGCUUCUGUGGAAAAGUGGCCUCUUUAAAGAGCACACGUGUGGCCAGUGGCAGACCUGAGGCCAUGACCAUGGGGUUUGGGCUCCAUAGCCAAUAAUGCUGAGGAGUUAUGCUUUGUGUUACUGGGGCGUGGGGUUGGGCUGUUACCAGGUUCAUAAACCUCAUCACAGUGGGGGCUCUUGGAAUUUAAAGCAUAUCUGGUCAGUUAUUAUUGUUGUUGGAAGGUAAUCCAUGUUACCACGUUUACUUUUUCCCUCCUAUUCCUCUUCACAUCCCUAUUUUCCCUCGGGAAGCUCGUGCAGCAGAAGCAGCAGCUGCCUCUGCCUGAGCCGUGACUCAGCUGUCAGUCAGCGAAGGGAUCCCUCGAUUGACACGGAGUAGGAGAGCCAAACCCCCCCUUUAGGAAUUGAAAGUAUUGAUAACUGUAAGAACCAAGCAGAGAAUUGCUGCUGUAAAUAACCAGUUCCCAUCUGAGAAUGGGAUUCACGGUUUUCCACAUAUCUUAGGUGGAGCUGUACAUAGAGCAAGGGUUUGGUGGCUCUACAAAAUGAAGGGGAACUUCCAGUUGAACUUAAAAUCUUCUCUAACACCUUCAGCUUGAAAAAGGUAUUCUUUGUGGCUGAGGAAGGGACUCCUCUGUGUCUCUCGUUGUGACUGAUGGGUUAGAGCUCUGUAAAGCCUGAUGAGCUGUUCCCAAACCAGCUUUUCUCCCUUCCAUUCUCUCCAUGGUUUUCCUUCUCUCCCUCAGUUUUGUGUUGUGUUUUUUAAAAAAGACAUAACUAUCCUACUGGCUUUAAAGCUAGAGAAACAGCUUUUAGGAAUCUUUGGCAGUAAAUUGCUUAGUCAGUAGAAGCUUUGACAAAUAAUCAAGGCGUAAGGAGAGAGGAAACAAUUUCUCCACCACCUCCUAAACGCAGGAAUCCCCCUUAACCCGCCACUUCCAGCUGUGACUGAUGGAAAUCUUCAGCUUGGCUUUACUCCAAGUAGGGGGCAAAUUGCAUCAUUUUUAAGCCUUCUUAAAAGGUCACUUCAUCCUGAGCUGUUGCAUCUUUGUAGCACAUGGAGCUCAUCACAGUUCUGAAGUGAUUUUUCCUUUUUCUACCACCGAGCCCCGAGUCUGGUUUCUAGAUUGUCAUGUUUAAUUAAGAAGUAAAUCAUUGACUGAUGUUACCGAAUGUAAAAACAACCCACUCCAGACCAUGCAGGUGUAUUGUGAGGCGUGUGGAUUUUUUUUGGGUGCUUCAGCUCUGCGGGCAGUGUGUGAUCUCUCCCUAGAGCCUGGCUCGGAUCCGUGUUCCUCCCGCUGCCGCUCCCGCUCCCGCGGCGCCCGUUCCGCCUCGGUGGAGAGUAGCUGGUAUCACGUUCAUUUUUUCAUUUUUGUUAUUUGAAAUAACAAAAGAACAGUCUGUAAAUGGUUUUUUUUUUUAAGUUCCUCGAGUCUGUUUACUGUGUGUUUUCCCCUUAACUGGUGUGUGUAGUUGAGCCGUGUAGAGUUUUUGUUGGUUUUCCUGGAUUCCCCUGUUUGUUGGUCUGUCACGACGUUCACUUUCUCUUUCUGUCUCUCUCUUUCUCUCUCUCAUUGAGAGGCAUUGAAUUACGUUUUCAGUAGUAAGGCUUCUUGCCGAUAUGAAGGGAACUUUUCAGAAAGAGACCUGCUCUGGGUCAUUUAAUUUUGAAUACAGUUUUCAAUCGUUCAAGUUUUGGAUGGUUUAUAUCUAAUGUGUGUUUCAUUUUUUUGGAAAGCUAUAUUUUGUAUUUAGGAAAUGGUAUAACUAUUUUGCUAUUUGUACUGAGUGAGUACAUU